AUGGCGUCCGUACCCGUUUCCCCUUCCCUUCCCUCCUUCCUCUUCUUCUUCUUCCUCUUGCUCAGCCCUGCACUUUCUCAGCAACAAGCAUCCAAGUCCAGAAAAGAGCGAGCAGGAUCAGGAGAAACCGGAAGCGGAAGCGGAGGAGGCGGAGAAUCAUCAUCGGCGGCGGCGGUGGUUCCACAACUCAAUUGCUCCGGCCGUUGGAUCCACAUCCGGCGUCUCCCGGCGAGGUUCAACCUCGAUCUCCUCACAAAUUGCUCCGAGUACGACCUCUUCUACGAUUUCUGCCCUUACCUCUCCAAUCACGGCCUCGGACCCAAGACCCACAACCGAUCCCACUCAUGGUACCGCACCGACCCUUUCCUCCUCGAGCUCACAUUCCACCGCCGGAUGCUCGAAUACCCGUGUUUAACCCAAGAUCCCGGCCAGGCCGCCGCCGUCUACCUCCCGUACUACGCCGCCAUCGAUUCCCUCCGCUACCUCUACGGGCCGGAGGUGAACAACAGCAUGGAUCACGGCCUGGAGCUCUUCGAGUUCCUGCAGGAAAACGACGGGUGGAUUUGGGGGCGGAAUUCCGGGUUGGAUCAUUUCCUGGUUCUCGCCCGACCCGCCUGGGACUUCUCCCAGCCUCCAGAUCUCGACCCGCCAAUUUGGGGGACUUCGUUCUUGGAGCUGCCGGAAUUCUACAAUCUCACGGCGCUUGUCGUCGAAGAGAGGUUAUGGCCGUGGCAGGAGCAAGCCGUGCCCUAUCUGACGUCGUUUCACCCCCCGAGUGGCGAGCUCCUCGAUUCAUGGAUCAAUCGCGUCGAGGCGUCCCGAAGAACUACAUUAAUGCUGUUCGCCGGCGGCGGAGGUGUCUCCGCGCAGGCCAACAUCCGGCGGAGCAUAAGGAAUGAGUGCGAGAACACCAGCGAUACGUUUGAGAGCAAUGGCGGGUGGUACUAUUACUCCAAAGUAUGUGACAUUGUCGAUUGCGCCAAUGGGAAAUGCGAGCAUGACCCGAUUCUGUACAUGAGGCCGAUGUUGCAGUCCACAUUCUGCUUGCAGCCUCCCGGAGACACUCCAACGAGGAGGUCCACGUUCGAUGCCAUCAUCGCCGGGUGCAUACCGGUAUUCUUUGAGGAUCAAUCGGCGAGGACGCAGUACAGGUGGCACUUGCCGGAGGAAGCUUAUGGGGAGUUUGCUGUCCACAUUCAGAAGGAAGAUGUUGUUUACAAAGGACUGAAGAUUUUGGAUGUCCUGAUGGGGAUUUCGCGGGCGCGAGUUCGGAGGAUGAGGCAGAAGGUCAUUGAAUUGAUUCCAAGAGUUGUUUACAGGAAGCAUGGAAGUAGUUCUUCAAAGGGGUGGAAAGGGCAGAAGGAUGCUUUUGACAUCGCCAUUGACGGAGCUCUGGAGAAGAUCAGGUCCAGGGUGAAAGGUGAAGUAGAAAUAGGAGACCUUUCUUCUGUGUGA